CACUGGGCUUCUACCAUGACUGACACCGUGUUCAGCAACAGCUGUAGCCGUUGGAUGUGUCCCAGUGACCGACCCCAGCAAUCAAAUGAUAAAGAACAGCUCCAGACAGGAUGGUCCGUUCACCCCAGUGGUCAGCCAGACAGACAAAGGAAGCAGGAAGAGCUGACAGAUGAGGAGAAGGAAAUCAUCAACCGGGUGAUUGCUCGUGCUGAGAAGAUGGAAGAGAUGGAGCAGGAGCGAAUCGGGCGCCUGGUGGACCGUCUGGAGAACAUGAGGAAGAACGUGGCAGGGGACGGGGUGAACUGCUGCAUACUGUGUGGAGAAGAGCUGGGGAUGCUGGGCUCUGCCUGUGUAGUGUGUGAGGACUGUAAGAAGAAUGUCUGCACCAAGUGUGGAGUGGAGACCUCCAACAGCCGCCCACACCCUGUGUGGCUCUGCAAAAUCUGCAUCGAGCAGAGAGAGGUGUGGAAGCGCUCUGGAGCAUGGUUCUUCAAGGGCUUCCCCAAACAGGUCCUCCCACAGCCUAUGCCCAUAAAGAAGACCAAGCCCCAGCAGCCAGCCAGUGAGCCCGCUGCCCCUGAGCAGCCCGCCCCUGAGCCCAAACACCCUGCCCGGGCUCCAGCUCAAGGUGACGCUGAUGACAGGAGGGGCCCAGGUCAGAAGACAGGCCCUGACCUGGCCUCUGCUCCUGGGCGAGGAAGCUAUGGGCCUCCUGUGCGAAGGGCCUCCGAGGUACGAAUGAGCUCAUCUAGCCGGGACUCAGAGAGCUGGGACCAGAGCCACGGCGGAGCUGCUGGUGACCCCAGCUGGAGCCCAGCAGGUUUGAGACGGGCCAACUCAGUCCAGGCCUCUAGACCCACCCCGGCCUCGAUACAGAGUCCAGCGCCCCCCAAGCCUGGGCCCCCAGGACCCCCAGGAGGCAGCAGACCCAGUCCCGGGCCAGCAGGACGUUUUCCAGAUCAGAGACCAGAGGUGGCUCCGAGUGACCCCGCCUAUACAGGGGUCACCGCCCCACCGCGAGAGGAGAGAACGGGGGGAGUUGGGGGCUAUUCGGCAGUUGGAGCCAAGGAGGACCGAGCGGGCCGCCCACUGGGCCCCUGUUCCCAAGCGUCUGCUGCUGCUCCCCAGCCGGCCGCGGCCCCGGCCCGCCAGCCCCCACACCCACAGGAGGAGGAGGAGGAGGAGGAGGAAGCCAACAGCUAUGAUUCAGAUGAAGCAACCACCCUGGGUGCCCUGGAGUUCAGCCUUCUCUACGACCAGGACAACAGCUCCCUGCACUGCACCAUCAUAAAGGCCAAGGGACUGAAGCCCAUGGAUUCCAAUGGCUUGGCCGAUCCCUACGUUAAGCUGCACCUCCUGCCAGGAGCCAGCAAGUCCAACAAGCUUCGUACGAAAACCCUGCGGAACACCCGAAAUCCCAUCUGGAAUGAGACUCUGGUCUAUCAUGGCAUCACGGAUGAGGACAUGCAGAGGAAGACCCUCAGGAUCUCUGUCUGUGAUGAGGACAAAUUCGGCCAUAACGAGUUUAUCGGUGAGACCAGAUUCUCGCUCAAAAAAUUGAAGCCCAACCAGAGGAAGAACUUCAAUAUCUGUCUGGAGCGGGUGAUCCCAAUGAAGCGUGCUGGAACCACCGGGUCAGCCCGAGGCAUGGCCCUUUAUGAGGAGGAGCAGGUGGAGCGUAUUGGUGACACAGAGGAACGCGGCAAGAUCCUGGUGUCCCUCAUGUACAGCACACAGCAGGGAGGCCUCAUUGUGGGCAUCAUACGCUGCGUGCACCUGGCGGCCAUGGAUGCCAAUGGCUACUCAGAUCCAUUCGUCAAGCUCUGGCUGAAACCAGAUAUGGGAAAGAAAGCCAAACAUAAGACUCAAAUUAAGAAGAAAACCUUGAAUCCUGAAUUUAAUGAGGAAUUUUUCUAUGACAUCAAACAUAGUGACCUGGCGAAGAAGUCACUGGACAUCUCAGUCUGGGACUAUGACAUUGGCAAGUCCAAUGAUUACAUCGGAGGCUGCCAGCUGGGGAUCUCAGCCAAGGGAGAGCGCUUAAAACACUGGUACGAGUGUCUGAAAAACAAGGACAAGAAGAUCGAACGCUGGCACCAGCUACAGAAUGAGAACCACGUGUCAAGCGAUUAG